UGAAUUUGAUUUAAUCAUAAUCCUGAAAUUCCUCGCACCUCACCUUUUUUGUCCAUGCGGGCUUUGGCAAAAAGACAAGGUGAAGGUCUCACAAUGUUCCUUAUCUGGCUUGCCAUCACAGCCAUUGCAAUUCAAUAUACAUUUUCGGCCUCUGACGUAUGUGCAUAUGACAUAAUUUUUGGAGGGAAAAUCUGCCUUUACAUUUUCGCAGAUGUGGGGUUGAGGAGCUGGAAAAAUGAAGUCAACUGAUUUUCAUUUGCGAUCCGCAGGGGUAUUUUAAGCGCUUAAUUGAUAUUGGGCAAAGUCCCUU